AUGGCCCUCUCAACCCGCACCCUCUUCACCCUCUCCAUCCUCCUCCGCAUAAUCCUCUUCUUCUACGGUCUCUACCAAGACGCGCACUCCCCCCUAAAAUACACAGAUAUAGACUACCAAGUCUUCACCUCCGCAUCUCUGUAUACCUCUCGCUCACUCUCUCCCUACACACGGGAAACCUACCGAUACACACCUCUCCUUGCCUGGCUCUUACUCCCCACCACAUCAUCUCCCCAGUAUCUCUGGUUCCACUUUGGCAAGAUCUUAUUCGCCGUGUGUGAUAUACUGGCGGGAUAUUUACUCCAUGUGAUACUCGUUAGUCGGGGAAUGGAUGUUGGACGCGCGGGGAAAUACGCGGCGAUUUGGUUGCUGAAUCCGAUGGUCGCGACGAUUAGUACGCGCGGGAGUAGCGAGGGGAUUUUAGGAGUGCUAGUCAUAGGGUUAUUGUGGGCGGUGUUGAAAAGGAAGAUUGCAUUGGCCGGGAUGUUAUUAGGAUUAGGAGUGCAUUUUAAGAUUUACCCGGUGGUGUAUGGGAUUAGCAUUGUUUGGUUUUUAGAUCGGGAGACGAUUUCUGCUUCUGGAAGCAGGAAUGUCGGUGGGAAGGGAACGAAAAGGGGAAAAGUGGAGAGGGAGAGGGGAAAGGAUGAUAUUUGGGGUGAGGUUAUGGGGUUCAUGAAUCGGGAGAGGAUUAUAUUAGUGACGACUAGUCUGGUGACAUUUAUGGGACUUAAUAUCCUGAUGUAUUACAUCUAUGGAUAUCCCUUCCUCCAACACACCUAUCUCCACCAUCUAACCCGUAUCGACCACCGACACAAUUUCUCACCCUACAACACCCUCCUCUAUCUGCGCUCCGCCUUCCCCUCCCCCUCCCGCCUCCCCUUGGAAUCUCUCACCUUCAUCCCUCAACUUCUCCUCUCCACUGUCCUCCUCCCCCUCGCCCUCUCCAAACACGACUUGCCCACCACUAUGCUAGCGCAAACCCUCACCUUCGUGACCUUCAACAAAGUAGUCACAUCCCAGUAUUUCCUCUGGUACACCUGCUUACUCCCUCUCUACCUUUCUACUCCCUCUUGUAGCCUCAUCAAAUCACCACGCAAGGGGAUAUUUGCUCUAUUUUUGUGGGUUGCCACACAAGCAUUUUGGUUACAUCAAGCAUUCGAGCUUGAAUUUUUGGGUUUGAGCACUUUUGUGCCCGGCCUAUUUGUGGCAAGCCUCUUAUUUUUCGCUACGAAUGUCUGGAUUUUAGGUGUCAUGGUGAAAGAUGUUGGUCGGGGAGCGGCUGCUGUUUCUGGAAAAGGGAUUUGA